AUGGAGAUUUCUUCAGCCUGGAGAGUACGUUCUGAAUCUCCAGAAGCAGAGGCAACGCGUUUAAUGAAUAAUGAUGUUGCUUUCUCACCAUCCGGAAAUUCAUUUUGCUCAUUUUCUUCAUCAAAAGUCUAUUUUAAUUCAAAUGAAAAGGUAAAAGCAAUUGAAGUUGAAUUAGAAUCGAACGAACAAAUAAUUUCAUGCACUACAAUCGCCGAAAGUCCCUGGAUCUGCGGUUGUGGAACAAAUUUAGGAAAAUUUAUUACAAUUUCAAUAGAUUCUGUUAUUAGAAUUUUCAAUUUCCAUGCAUCUCCUCUUCAAAAAAUCAUUUACAAUAGAAUUGAUUCAUUACCAUCAUCAGAAUCUUUAAAUUCUUACACAUUAAUUUUUCAUCCUAAUAUUUUUGUAUAUAUUGCACAGUCAGAGUUAGAAUAUGCUAAUGCAAAUCUCAAAUAUACACCAGUUGCUCAAAAAUUCACAAUUCAAAAUUCAGAUAUUAAAAAUAUUCAAAUUGUCAAAUAUAAAGAGACAUCAUUGAAGCUAUAUAUAACCUCAAGUGAGCAAUUUCUUACUGUUUACGAUAUUAAUUCUCCAUAUAAAGGAACAUUUACCACAGGAAUUACAAAAUUUGCCAAAUCUCUUAAUCCUUUUGGCAAAAAUUUCAAAGAUUAUCAACCAGAGCUACUCAAAAGUACUCAAGACUACAACGAUAUUACUAAAAUUGCGAUUUCUUUAGUUCCAUCUCCAGAUAAACGUUUUAUUGCAGUUUCCGAUAACAUUGGCCGCAUUACAAUCAUUGAUGUUGACAAUGAAUGUGUUGUAUCCAUCAAAAAGGCCAUUAGUGAUGCCCAAUUAGCUUGGUACGGAGAUUCAAAACAUUAUAUACUUGUUAUUUAUGCUCCGAGGAAAGAAGCGUUAUUUGUAUGUUCAAUACCAUCAUUUGAUCUCCUUGAUUGCAUCAAACUCGAAGGAACUGGCAAACUUUUCCAAAAUUAUUUCAAUAUUACAAAUUGUAGUGUUGUUUAUAUGGAUCAUAACGGAAAUAUUGCAAAUCUUAGGAUGUCCACAAGAAGGCACCACAAGAUCCAAGCAAAUCCUGAAGUUCCUGACCUUGAUCAUCCUCAAUUUGAAAAUAUUUCAACUCCUGACUUAGAUUUGCAGCAAAGCAUCAUUGAAUGUCUAAGUAAAGCUGUUCCACAGAAAGAAAACAUCCUAGAAACCCUUAAAAACAUCAAAAAUUCAACAACUGCUUCAAUAAUUUUGAAAAUUCUCAUAAAAUUUGAGAAUGUCGACGAUGAUUUCUUACAGGAAUGCAUUGAUACUCUCAAGGACUCAACGCAAUUCCAUUUGCCGUCGCCUGUAAAACGACAAAUUGAAAAUUAUUUCAGAGAGUUUAAUGGAGAGAAGAUUAAGCCAGAGGAAGAGUUCGGACAGCUUGUAGGCCUUACGAUGCUGUGGUCCGAUGCAAUGAAAUGCGAAUCUGUGACGUAUCCAAUUUCUGAAUUUCCAAGAACAGAAAUUACGACAUGGUAUUCGCAGAAUUAUGAAGCACAAGCCAUUACACCGCCUAAAUACGUCCCUUUGAGGCUGUUUCUCGCAGAACCUCUUCGUAAUUUUGAAAUUCUUUUUGCAACGCUAAGAAGAGGUGCAACAUUAUAUGAUUUUAUUCGUAUAAUGAUGGUCGUACAUCCAAAUUCCAUUGAUAAGUUCAUUCAGUACUUUAUGUACUGGUGCGCUGUUAUUUCUGCAUCGCAGCUAUGUAUGGUGCAGGACAUUAUUACAGACCUUAUCGAUAAUGGCCAAAAAGAAGCUCUUCUCGAUUGCUACAGGAAUAUUCCAGAAAAAUCUGGAGAAACUAACAAAGCUCUUAUAAUGAAAAUCAUUGCUUUAUAA